CCAUUACCAGUGCAAGUACUACAAAGCAGGGAAAUCAAAGAAGCAGGAAGUGGUGGAGAGAAUAUCCACCCGAUAGGAAGUGGGUGCUUAUUUCCGCUUUCUAAAAAACCCCUCGAACGGAGCAACCACUGAUGUGUGUGUAUGUGCGCAUUUGAUUCGCGGUGUGUAUGUGUGUGCGUGCUGUCGGGUCGGCUGGGAACAAAACGGAUGAAAAAUGCUUGAUUUCGACGAGUAGGCAGCCAUUUUGUUUUCCAAGUUGAUGUGCACCACUGGCGCGAAAGAGUUGAAUAGAUACAAGGCAGUAUUGAAGUAAAAACGCUAAUUCCCACUAAAAAGUCAAUCAACCGCUGCGGUCAAAUGCGAAAAGAAGGGUCUAACUGCCGUGUAGUAGCAGCCUUUUAAGGAAAAUCUAGAGAAAUAAAUGUCCGGGCGGCGGCGGCUCACUGGACGAAACGAAUAUCAAAGCGAAGACACCUAACACCCGCGAAUUGCUUUGAGGCUUAAGAGCUAUGGUUUUGGGUACGGCAACGUAGUAACAUUUUUCCCGUGAGCCAAAAAGUCGUCGACGUCUGUUGGAUGCAUGGGCAAGUGACUUUUCGCAGUCUUGCUAGUCGAAAUUAAGCGGCUGGAAUUUUUCCGCUGACUUGCAAACAUUAAUGUGUGCUGCGUUCCACUAACACAACCAACCGCGGAUCUUGCUCUCGCUCUUCCUCACGGAGCCGCGGGUAGUUCGUGAGAGGCAGCCACAUCGCCGAGAGCCGAGUGCGAAAGAGCCAACAGGCUGCUGUGCGCGCGACGUGCAAGCGAGACCACCCGAAGCGUACAGCGGUCGUACAGUGAAGUUUUCUCAUCGCCUCAGCAGUGGCUUGUGUUCGGCUCGGAUCGCAAUUUUCAUCCCGAAUUUAUGCUGAAAAUUGCAUUGAACGCACAGGUUUCUGCAGAACUGUGAGGUGUUUGUGAUGGUACACAGCUGACUGGACAGCAAUCCUUGAAACCUUAAACGGCUUAGUCCAGAUACUAUGCAGCAAGGAUCAGGAUCGACAACGCCUACAGCGGUACCGGCAAGUGUGCCCCCAGCGCCGGCAUCAAUCGACAGUAUGGACGAUCCACCGCCAAGGAAUGAGCCCGUCGUCGAACCGGUAAAUGGGAUUGUGCAGCCGCCCGUAAUGCCACCGACAGAGCGUCCGGGCAGGUUGACGAAUCAGUUGCACUUCUUGCUGCGCACCGUAAUGAAGGCAGUAUGGAAGCAUCAAUUUAGCUGGCCAUUCCAGCAACCGGUCGAUGCGAAAAAGCUCAACCUACCAGACUACCAUAAGAUCAUCAAGCAACCGAUGGACCUGGGCACGGUAAAGAAGCGGCUGGAAAACAAUUACUACUGGACGAGCAAAGAAUGUAUACAGGACUUCAACACAAUGUUCACCAAUUGCUACGUGUAUAACAAACCCGGCGAGGAUGUGGUAGUAAUGGCGCAGACACUGGAGAAGUUGUUCCUAACCAAGGUGUCCCUCAUGCCGAAAGACGAAACAGAGAUGGAAGUACAGCAACCGAAAGGUGGCAAAAAGAAACCCCGAUCGUUGGCACCACCGGGCACUUUGGUGGGCAAUACAUCCGUAACGGGGGCGGCGGCAGCUGCCGGCGUCGCACCGAAUGCAGCCAUCGUGGCCGGUGCGAAUGCGGUUGCAGUGGCGGCAGCGGCAGCUGCUGCGGCCCGAGCACGACCCGGUUCGGCACUUGGAGCGGCUGUAUCGUCCAGCGUUCCUCCACUCAGUGCGGUACCACCGGGGGUGGUGGGUACCGCAUCGUCGGUGGUCGUACCGAGCGUACCACCGAUUGGUACCCUGCCACCCCAGACUGUGCCUGGUAGCACUAACACCACCACAACAGCAGGACCCAACGCGGCAGUCGCGGCGUUGACGGCGGCAGCCGCAGCUGCUGCGGCUGCUAGCGCUCCGCACAAUCCCAUGAGCAGCAACCCGAUCGGUGCGCCUGUAGUCAACAAACCGAGCGCACCAGCAAACCCGCCGUACAUGGUAAACAGUUCGCAGGCCGGUAUGGAAACCGUUUUACCUCCCCAACAACCAGCGAAGGUUAAAAAAGGCGUUAAGAGAAAGGCAGAUACCACAACGCCGACUGCAACCGUAUUCGAUCCGCACUAUGGCACACCGAUGGACUCGAACGCUGCCAAAAUUGCCACCCGAAGGGAAUCCGGGCGUCAGGACAUCGUACCCUAUCAAACCUCGACCUACCCCAUGUCUCCGAUGGCGCACCAAGGAACGACCUCGUCGCAAUAUCCGCCGAAAAACAAGGAGAAAUUGUCCGACGCACUAAAGUCUUGUAACGAAAUACUGAAGGAGCUGUUCUCGAAAAAACACUCCGGAUACGCCUGGCCAUUCUAUAAACCUGUCGAUGCGGAGUUGCUCGGACUGCACGACUACCACGACAUAAUCAAAAAGCCGAUGGAUCUCGGCACGGUAAAACGGAAAAUGGAUAACCGGGAGUAUAAGUCAGCGCCAGAGUUUGCCGCGGAUGUUAGGUUAAUAUUCACCAAUUGUUAUAAGUACAACCCGCCAGAUCACGACGUGGUCGCAAUGGGCCGGAAGCUACAGGACGUGUUCGAGAUGCGACUAGCGAAUAUACCGGACGAACCGGUAAACAAUGUGGCUCCGCAUCAUCAGUGCAAGGAAAGCGAGCCAUCGUCUUCGAGCGAUUCCAAUGACAGCGAUGAUGAGAGCGAGUCGGACGAAGAGUGCGCACAGAAAUUGAAGUUACUCGAGAAGCAGCUAUUCGAGAUGCAGGAACGAAUGCGGAAACUGACCGAGGAGGCACUACAGAAAAAGAAACAGAAGAAGAAAACGAAGGACAAAAAGAAACCGACAGUGGCAGGGCCGGGUGGUGGUGCAAGUGGCGGUGCAAGUGAUAUUAAGGGGAUUAUGGAUCCUCACACCGGACUCGGUAUGCCGCAUGGCCCCGGCAAAGCAAUGCAUCAGAUGGCAGGUGCAAUGGGUCAACCACCGAUGGGUGGACCGGGAACGGCACCCGUGAUGGCAGCACCUGGGACCAAGGCAAAGGCAAAGGGACAGAGAGCUCCAAAGGCGGGUGGUGUCGCUGGUGGCGCUGCGCCCAAUGCGCCUGCAAAACGUACUAAAAAUGCGGGUGCCGCUGGAACUAGUGCACCGCGUGCGCCGAACAAGAAGAAAGCAUCGCAAAAUGUGUCCAACUUCGAUUCCGAGGAGGAAGACACGGCCAAACCGAUGUCGUACGACGAAAAGAGACAGCUGUCGUUGGACAUUAACAAACUACCGGGCGAUAAGCUGGGCAGAGUUGUACAUAUAAUACAAAGCCGGGAGCCAUCAUUACGCGAUUCCAAUCCGGACGAGAUCGAGAUUGAUUUCGAAACGCUGAAGCCAUCUACGCUACGAGAGCUGGAAAGCUACGUAGCAUCCUGCCUGCGCAAGAAAACUCGUAAGCCUUACUACAAAAAAGUAUCUGGUAAAUCCAAGGAGGAACAGAUGACGGAAAAGAAGCAAGAGCUGGAAAAACGGCUCCAGGAUGUGACGGGUCAGCUUGGCACAGGGAAAAAGAACGCGAAGAAGGACGAAGCCAACAAACAGGACGUUGCUCCUUCCGGAGGCAAUAUGUCCUCCAGCAGUAGCUCCAGUGAUUCCUCGUCGUCGAGUUCAAGCGAUUCCAGUUCUAGUGAUUCCAGCGACAGUGAAGCAGAAGCUGGAGGGCGACCACCGCGAAAGAAGAAGAAGGAUACCGCCUCUCCGAUGGUGCCCGGAGGCAACAGUUCAGCUAACACGUCCUCUGCUCCAGCCAACGCAUCAACACUAUCGGCAACGGCAGCGGUAUCGCAGAUGCUACCGAGUGCUGGUGCCGCCAGUAACACAAACACCACCUCCAACACCACUACUACCACGAACAACAACAAUUCCAAUACCAUCACACCACUCCCGAACGCCGCCGCUCAGCAGCCCCAGCAACAUCAGGCAGGCGGAGCCCUAAACCAAACACCGAUCGUCGCUGGCCAGCAGCAUCACUCACAAAUGCACUUUGCGCAACAGCAGCAGCAGCAGCAGCAGCAACAACGGCAACCAUCAUCAAACCAGCAGCCUGUCAUACCGCUACCACAUUCAUCUCACACUGCGUCCACGUUGGUAUCAUCAACUUCCUCCACUACCACCUCCUCCUCCUCCUCCUCCUCUUCUUCCGCAUUAUCAUCGGGUGCAGGAGGUUCCGUGUCGAGUAUGAACGUUGGAAGUGCAGGUGCCGGUAGCGGCAGCAUUAAUGCCACUAACAAUCCUCCAUCAAGCAUCGCCGCUAACAACAACGGUACGGCCGUUUCAUCCAGCUAUGGUGCAAAUGCCGGAAUGAUCGGUCUCUCACAAACGCUGGCCACCGGGCCGGCUGUGGGCGGGACGGUAGUUGACACUGUUCCAGGGCUGCUGCAGAUACCUUCCCUGUCGCAACAGCAAACUAUGUCCAGUGCCGCCGUUGGGCUCAGCUCACAUGCGCUAGCGAAUUCUUUAAUGAUGUCGGCAGGCGGUGCCGUUGUAAAUAGUAGUAGCAUCGGCGGCGGUGGCGGCGGCGGCGGCGUCAGCGGAAGUAAUAACAGCGGCAAUCCCAACCCGAUCGGUAGUAGUAACAGCAACCAAAUCUCUCUACCACCUCCCAUACCAUCACCAAACACCACCACCUCUACUACCAGCACGAUGCUACCUGUGAAUAAUAAUAAUGCUUUGACCACCACCAGUACUAGUAAUAAUCAGAGCAAUAGUGCUAUCUUGAAUAAUUCCAUCACUGUUACGCAGCAGCACCAGCAGCAAACAGGCGGAGGGCUCAGUACCAAUGGAAUCGCGACGACUGUUCCGGUCUCAGCCCAUGUACCAUCGUCGUCCGGCAACACGAAUGGCAGCGAUGGUGGUGCAUUGAGCACAAGCAACGGGUUGAUUAACAGUAUGCUCGGUUUGCCUGCGUCGUCUCAGCUUGCCUCCAGCCUGGCUGCGAUGGCCUGUAUGGCGGGCGGUUUGCCGCAGUCCCUGCAGAUGACGCAGAGUCAACCGGUGGGUAAAUCGCAACAGCACGGUACAGCCCAGUCCCAACAACAGCAGCAGCAGCAGCAGCAACUACAACACGCACAACAGCAGCUAAACCAACAGUUCCGACUCGGUGGUGGUGCUGGUAACGGUCACGGUGGUCUCGGUGGCGGCUUUAUCGAUCCGCUAGAGCACACGCUGAACUCAUUCGAGCAGUCCAUUAAGGCAGAGCCGCUGGGAUUGAAUUUGUUGAACGAUAUGCCCGCAGCACUGAAGCAAGAUCUAACGACCAGCAUGCUAACGGCAAAUAUGGAUCUGUGCAUGGCGCACUUGCAGAAUCAAUUACAUUCGGGCAACAACGGUUUCGUGAGCGAGUUUAAUGGCAACGGGCCGUUGAACGGUGGUACGGGCGUUGGGAUGGGUCUUGGUAGUGGUAUGGGUCAGAUGGUAAUGAGCAGUAUGGCAUCGUCGGCCGCCGCCGCCAACUCGGCACUGAUGGGUGGAAACAUGCCGUCGAUAUUCGAGCCGCUGCAGAACUUUAUGCGAUCCGGUGGUGGACCCGGCCCUUAUCAUCAGACGAAUGCGGCCGGUGCGGGAGCCUCGGGAAUGGCUGCACUGGUCACGGGUGUAAGUAACAGCAGCAAUGGUGCUGGGCUUGGUAGCAACAAUGCUGCCGGUGUGAUGCACGAUCGAUCGAUCGAUCUAACGCAGGCCGGUAGCGUGAACAACAACCAACUCGUUGGAGCAGGAGGAGCGGGUGUUGCGACCGGAAUGUUACCAGCUGGCAAUGGUGGUAAUUUGAUGACAAUUAAAAAGGAGGAACCCGGCGUUGGUGGUGGCAAGUUUAUGCUAACACCGAAACCGAUCGAAGAUUUGCUGAUCAAUCCAAAUGAGAAAAAGAUGGGCAGUACGCCACCGCCGGCAGAUGCGAAGGGAAACAUGGCGAACGCGUUUAACAAGGGUCAGGAUUCGAAGAGUGUUUGGUCGUCGCUGGCCGCAGCCGUUUCGCCCCAAAAUACGCCAACGUCGAACAAACCGAAGCCAGCGAUGGACUCAUUCCAGGCGUUCCGCAACAAGGCGAAGGAGAAAUUCGACCGUUUGCAGCAGCAGGAGCUGAAACGGUCCCAGAAGGAGCAGGCGGAGAAGGAAUUAAAACGUCAGCAGGAGCAGCAAAAGAUAAAGCAGGAGGAGAUCAACAACGGACGCAAAUUGCCAAUAGAACCCGUCCAGCCACGAGUAGUGGAAGAGAUCAAAACGUCGCCCCAAGGCAGUCCGUCGCCGGGCACACCUACCACACCGCACGCACUUGAUCGUUCGGCCGCAAAACGGGCAGAGCUGCGCCGUCUGGAACAGGAACGUCGAAGGAAGGAAGCGAUGGCGGGUCAGAUCGACAUGAACAUGCAAAGUGAUUUGAUGGCCGCGUUCGAAGAGUCCCUUUAAUGUGUCUCACUGUGAUGAUGCGUUCUGUGUGUAUAGGAAGAGAGAAAAGGUUUCUUCCGCAUUCGGUUUUCGUGUGAUAAAGAAAUCGACACAACUUCUGAGCAAUGGAAAUGCGAAUGUGGGGGGACACGUUUCGAUUGUCGAUUGUCAUCGCUGCAGCUUAGUGGAUCCAUCUGGCCUUUGGUGUAUUACGUGUACGAAACGAUAUCUUACGUCAAGCUUAUUAAGCGAUGUGUUAAGCAUCCGACGAUAGCUGCUUGCAUCAGUAAUAUUGAACUAUUAGCGUUUGUUACCAAAAAUAAAGGUAAAGGAUAAAGCGUAACACACACGCGCAAUACCACCGAAUCGUAGGCAUAUUUGUUGUGAAGAUACAUCUAAACCAAAAUUUGGAGAGAUCCUCGGUAGAGCAAUAACGCUAUCCUGAUCCUGAUCGAUACACGAAAAGCCAUUAACUGAUGAACGAUCCUCGAGAUGGGUCGAUAAUUCUCCUUCCAUUUCCUCGUGUCGUGGGCACUAGGUUGUCUCAAAACGGUCUCACUGAAUGGUCAUCUCUUUGUCAUGUUGUGUAAUAGUUAUCAUGGCGCAAAAAACAAAAUCUAUUUGACGAUGAACACAGUCAACGAGAAAAGGCGAAUUUUCUUUCAAAUUUUUGACGUUGCUCAGUAUCAGUACUACUGGGCUUCGGUUUGGAGCUAGGUUUUGAAACGUUGGACACGCGAAUGUGUUGCGUACCUAGUGUGUAAAAGAUAACGCAGCAUCCGUAUAUAUUAUACCCCCUAGAAAUAUUCUAUAGAAACAAUCAAAUGAUCCAAACGAGACGAAGGCAUUGGACAUGGAUAGGUAGUUAAGCAAAGGAAAAAAAAGAAAACAAAAAUAAACAAAAAAAAAUCCCCCCGUAGUUGAGAUACAACAGAUAGAAAUGAACCGCCAAACUCCCCGCGGUGAGUAGAUAUAGACAUAACGGAUCAAAUGGUGUUAAAGGGUAAGAUGGAGAAAGGAGCAGCAAUGUGUGCAUACUGUACUAGUGUAUAGAGAUACUUUAUCAGUUGUGAUAUAUAAAUUAAAAAGAAGGAAAAAACAGUAACACAUAACAUAAUCUUCGCGGAUGAACGCUAAAAAGCAUCCAAAACCCCUAACGUGUAGGCAAUAGAAGGUGUCAAAGAAAAGUGGACAAACUAUAUAUACACACACACACAUACACACUGGCAGGUACGCAAUAUAAGUCUGUACAUUGUGAGUUGUGUGAGUCAUGAAGCAGGAAAUACGAGGAAGUAGGCAGCAAGUGUAGAUAUAAUUUUAUCCAGAAGUAGAAGAAACUAAGUAGGAGAAGAAAAUACUGAAUAAAAGCGCGAAUGGUCGUUUUUUGUAGGGCGCGCGCGCAGGAAUCAUUUUCCGAAUACAAAUCAUCAUUUGCAAGAUACAGACCAUUGACUGCAUCUCUCGGCAUCGACAAGAUGAUCGUUCACGAAUGUAAUAUAUUUAUGUAAAAUAUACUCACAAUUUUGACCACAUAACACAUAAAUACCACCAAACAUUCUCCUUCCGCAGUAUGUUCUUUUACAGGUCGAAACUCACGUUUGAUGAAUGCAGUGCAUCGCGCGUGUGGUGGGAUGAAGCGAUUUAAGAGUUUCGCCACGGUAUAAUGAAAGACAUCGAGCAAGUGAACGAAAUACUAAAAGCGGAAAGGAAUUAAGGCAGUAGUCAGUCCGGAGAAUUUGAAAUUGAAACAUUGCAAAAAAGUGAAACGAGGUGAAAUGAUUGGUGUAUGAUCAACUACUCUGUAGAUCGUUGUUUUGUGUAUUGUCAUUUGCCUAAACAUGAUCAUUCGUAUUACCAUCCGUAGAUUAAGCAACAUUCAACCCCAACACGCACCAAAAUGGAAGAAAUAAACAUGGAGAGAUUGAGUGCGCUUGCAAGUUUCUUCAACUUUGUCGCAAAGAAAGUGAUGUAUAUAGAAACAUUUGGCCGCAAAUGUAACAAAAAACAAAAAAACGGAAUGAGAUGGUAGAGAAGCAGCAUGUACGAUGGAUUAAAACAAUCUUUUCCGCAGGCAAUAACGGUCAAUUUGAAGGGUAAGCGUAUAGAAAGGCAUAUAUAUAGGUAAGCGUAUUUAUUAGCAGAACAAAACAAACCAAGAAAAGAAAAAUGCAACCGAAUGGCUCGCCAGCAGAAGAAGCAAGGGCGAGGAAAAGUAUGUUGGGUAAUAAACACUUCUUUUACGAUUUUCUUUUCCUUGUCGCGGCGUUUACUAUUUGAUGUUUUUCGUUUGCUCGUUCCCAAAUUUAUCCCGUUUGUUUCCGUUUACCAGUAGUAGUUAGUGCAAUAUUAUAUAGACAACCUGUUUAACUAGCGUCCCAUGUGGGGGUUUUCGUUCUGUAUCGCAUGCUGUAAACAGGGACAAGGAUGCUAGUAAGUGCAUCACUUAAUGUAGUGUACUAAUAGCGGAGUGUUGUGCUUCGUUCAAGUGCGUUGAUUUGUAUAGUCGUAGUUCUUACCUUAACGACUAUUUAAUUUGCACGACCGUCAUAGAAUUUUCGCUCUGGUUUAGCAGAUUACCACAAAGCUAAGAAAAUUUAUAGUGAUUACAAGACGAGAAACGAAAUUGUAUGGCGUUUUGCACGAGAAACAAAACAAAAACACACACACACAAAUUAACCGUAAAUGUUUAAUUAGUAACCUUUAAUAAACUAAGCGAGCGUGAGUGGGAAUUGCGAUAAGAUAUUACAUUACUCACAUCGGAACGAAUGUAAAGAGAAGGUAAAACUACACAAUUUUUUGCGGUGCAAUCGACCUUAAAUCAUCUCACAGCAUUAUGAUGAAGAACAGGCGUAAUAACAAAGGCUACACGUGUUUAGUUCAGAACGAUCGUAGAUCAUAAGCCGGUAGUAGUGUUACUGUUAUCACCCUUUUGAUGUGCAGCAGAUCAGCAGGAAGAAACGUAAAUAUCUUGGUGACCCUUAAACCGGCCAAGCCAUUAUAUGUAUGUCAAACCUAACGUUGAUCCACUAAAGAGGGCCUUGUCGAUCAGUCGUCAUUGUACAGUUGCGUUGUUUUAGAUUUGUUUUCAUUGGUUUAGUAUUGUACUAUUGCUUCAGCAGAAGGUGUUUAGUAAUUUGCUAAGAUUUGUUUUUUAUUUUUCAUAAUUACAUCCCAUAUACCCAUAACUACAAUCAACAUCUUGAGUGUUACUACCCGUGCGAUACAGUCGUUAAGAAGUGGUGCCCGUAAUAUGUAGUGUCAAAAAGAGUAUUAAUAGUUUCAUAAGUUAAGUUACGAGGUUAAACAGCCUGGCCGGACUGUAGCGGGCCUGAUUCGAAAAGCAGAAAACAUGGAAUUGCAAAUGAGCGAAUUGUACAGCGAGUGGGAUGUAAUUCGAAUGAACGUUGUAACUACCAUUGUAGGGUAUCGAUAGAAAUUAGUCAUGUAAGGAUGGCGUACCGUUGGAAAAACAGUAAUUUAAAAUUUGCCACAAGCAAAACGCGCGGUCUACAACGACGAGAUGGUGCGUCUGCUGGGGACACGCAUAAAUUAAGGAUAUAGUAAAAUGAGCGCAUAACGAAGGAAAGGAAAAACUAGCAGCCAAUAUUUUUUUCUAUUACAAUUUGGGUGGUUGGAGGAACGUGUGUACGUUUCAUUGAAGAGAAAUGUAUCGAGGUAUCGAGGGAGUCCCUCUUUUUGGCAAUAGCGUAUACAUAAAUCGACACAGUCGAGCGAAGAAACAACACUAAACUCUAGCACUAGAUGUAAGAAGUUAUGAUGUGAAUAAGUAUAAGCUCUGUACACGGCAAACCUGUCCUUUGAAAUA